UGAUCUCAGGUCAGCACCCGCGGGAGCUCAUACUUUGCUGCCAGCAAACUUCCCAGACCAAGGACAGAUCAAAAGUGGGCUUGCAUGCUCCCAUGGUUUCCUGUAAACCGCAUGACUGAAACAACUUGAUUGGACUUGCUUCCCCUCCAGCAAUUUCAGAGACCAAACACAGACAAGAAUGCAGACCGCAACAGUAACUCUCCUGGUCAUAGCUGCAGUCCUCUGGAGCAACACUGAAGCUUUUUCAGACGCAGCUGUGGACUGCUGUCUAACCACCAAGGACACUCGUAUUCCAAUACAGAUUGUUGCAUCCUACUUUCACCAAACCACAGAGAGUGGUUGUGCAAUUCCAGCUACUGUAUUUAUCACAAAGAAGGACAAGAAGCUGUGCGCUCCACCAGAGAAAAAUGGCUGGAUUUCCAAGAUCAUCACACACUUAGACAAGAAGAAGAAAGCUUCUCAGUAGAAACACAGAAAAAAAAAAACCUCUUAGUUCUGCUCUCAUAAGUUCUGUGACAUCUCGGACAUCUUCAAAGCUAAAUCAGUCAUUUAGCAGAAGUUGUGCAGUUCUUUUAGCUUGAAACCAUUUUCUAGCUCCUGUAAAUCAAUAAAACCUUUUCUGGUUUUGCUUUCACAAACAGGAGCCGAAAAUGAUAACCUUGUAACUGCACUGAGCAGCACUGGACAGACAGAAAGUGAUUACUCUUAAACAUUAACUACCACAGUGGUUUUUAAAAGUUAUGGAAAAGUUAUGUUUUGGAAAUCAUGUAGAUUUGGGGAAUCCACGGUGGUCAGAUUUUGUAAAUGAUUAAAAGCAGUUAUGUUAUUUGUUAUAUUAGACUGUAUUGUUUUACUGUAGCCAUUCUGAGUCUCGUACAUUUGCAUGAAUUAUAAGCUGUGUCUUGUGUUUAAAGAAUGUGUUUUUUAAUGUAUGUCACAUACUUUGUGUGACUGUAGUUUUUCUAACAAUGAUUUUUAAAUAAAUUCAUUCUGUUAAA